AUUACCUUCAAACCAACGUCAUUUUCUACACACAUGUACAAGACAAUCAUCAUAGAUAAAAUCAAUUCAGUGAAAGAAAAUUAUACCAAGAAGGAAAAUCCGUCCGCUAUAUCCGCCGAUGAUGUUGGGACUCGCAAUAAGAAGAGAAAACAGAGCGCCAGUGUUAAAGCAGAGAAGAAAGCGGUGAAAAAGAAGAGAACAGCAUCACAGGCUGUAGAGUGUUCCAGUUGUGGGAAUGAUGACCAUGCUUCUCCUCGUUCGCCUCUUUGUCCUAAUCACAUACAAUCAAAGGACGAGGCCAUUUCAUCUGUCCUUGGCCAUGAUUCUACUGUUUUUACUAGGAAGCUUCCUAUCGACACUCGUGCAUAAUAAGAAUGCCAUUCCUUCAGAAGUCUUCACACA